GUCGUCAUAUCUGUAGAACUGUUGUCAUACCUGCAGAACCAGCAGAACAAGACUGAAAGACUAUUGAUUACUGACAAACUAUACCACCUAAUAUACCGUCUUGAAGCAGCGAAACCUACUGUGACCCAGAAGGCAGUUCAUUCUAUUACUACUUUUAAUGAGUCUGACUUCCCAUCCUUAAAGUCGCCGAAGCCGCAUACUGUAUCACCUAAGGCCUCCAUCCAUAUUCGAUCCAAUAAACCGCUUCUGGGAGGAGAGGACUGGCUAAAAUCAAGAUUCCUCGAUUUCGAGAAAUUGGCUCCCCCGACUCGACACCAAUCCACCCGUCAACUGGAUAUGCGAACUUCUAAUCCCCUUGAACGUCCAGUUAAAUCAGGUGCUGUCUUCAUGGACUCCAUGGGGAUAUUAAAUCAGAUUACAGAACUAAAAUGACAUUCCCCCUCUUUAACAACUAUGCCGUAUGAAAAUCCAGCGGCCUUAAGAAUAACUUCUCCUGGGCUGUGUCGGGACGCUACUUUCUCAUCUAAGCACGCACUUCAUCUUCUCUCCUGGAACAUCGCAGGUUGGUCCGCCAAACAAAAGAAUCUAGAUCUAAUUGCUCACUUGAACAAAUCUGAUAUAAUCUUUGUUCAGGAGAUGUGGAGUACUCAAAAUCUAACAUUGGAUGGCUUCUCUAUUACGUGCUUACCUGCGACUCCCUCUUUACCUAAAUCAAAGGGCAGACCAAAAGGAGGCCUGGCUUUACUUAUAUCCACGUCAACGUCAGCUCGUAUCAAAAGUCUCAGUUCUUGUAAUAAUAUUGCUAUGGGAGUUCUACUGUCCUACAACACUAUUUCUUUUUUGUUGAUCAAUGUAUAUAUUCCCCCAUAUUCCUCAAGGGUACUAACUGACCAGGCCUGGGAAGAUUUAGAUAGAUACAUAACAGAUCUUGAAGCUCAAUCUCCUAGAGCCCUUCUCAUUAUUAUGGGUGAUUUUAAUGCUAGGAUUGGCCCCAACAAUGAUGCAUUAUUUGCAUCGAACCUUUGGGGGGGAGAGGUUAUAGACCAUUAUUCCUCUAUCUAUGGUAGGAUCUCCAAGGAUUCCAGGAUAAAUUAUGGAGGUAUCUGCCUAACCCGUCUGAUCGGUAGCCGUAAUCUCAUAAUGUUGAAUGGCCUCAAUCAGGUAGAUCCAUGUGCAGAAUACACCUACAUCUCUGGACAAGGGAGUAGCGUCAUCGACUACGCCCUAAUCUCGCAGCAUUUACUAAAGACCAUUCUGAAAUUUACAGUGGGCAAUAGACAGGAUAGCGAUCACCUCCCUCUAACCCUUUCCAUAUGCCUUCCAGAAAGGGGACGCUUGACUUUUGCGCACAACCAAAUGGCCAAUCCAUUACAUUAUACCCAUAAAAGGACCUUUUGGUCUCCUUUAGUAGCUUCGAAUGUGGCUCUAUUCCUAACCUCCCCCUCCGGUCUGGCCAUAAAGGAGAAGAUCACGAACGCCACCAAUCCUUUUUCUGUUCUAACAGACUAUGACACAUUGAUUUCAAAACUAAAAAUGUCUUUAAUGCUCCCAUCCCCUUCCCACAGGGCAAUAAACAGAACAGGCCUCCCCAGAUGGUUUGACAAGGACUGCCUUGACGUUAAGAGACAACUAAGGCAGACCUAUCUUCAUUAUCGCCUUCAAAAUGCUAAUACCCUUCCGCCUGAGUAUUUCAUUAUUAAAAAGAAAUAUAAGUCAAUGAUAGUUACCAAAAAAAGGCAGGCAGUGCAUGAAGGCUGGAAAGCAUUAAUCCAUGCCUCCAGAACUAAAAAUUCCAAAAGUUUCUGGGAGCUUGUUUCUGGAUCCAUGAGACCAUCAAAUCUCGCCCCAUGUCAUAUUUCCUCUCACACAUGAAAACAGUACUUUACUGACAAUCAUGAGAAUAUAAGCUUCAGUCCCCCUUCCCAUAAUACAACAAGUCUUCCUGUUUGGCCACCUGUAACCCAAUCCGAAAUAAAUGAUCUGAUUGAUAGCCUGAAACCAGGCAAAGCUCCUGGCCUUGACAACAUAUCCUCCGAAAUGCUGAAAGCACACCAAUCCUGGUGGCCUUCUUUGCUGGCCAACCUUUUUACAUUGAUAAACAACUCUGGAUGUAUACCUGAGUCUUGGCUCAAAGCCAUAGUUAUCCCUAUAUUUAAGAAGGGGAGCAGAGAGGACCCUGCGAAUUAUAGACCAAUCAGCCUCCUCUCUGUAAUCGGCAAACUUUAUGCCUGUUACCUGAAAGGGAGACUCUCCGCAUGGCUAGAGGAGGAAAACAUCCUUGGGUGGGAGCAGGCAGCCUUCAGGAAAGGUAGGUCUGUGGUUGACCACUGUGUAAUCUUAAACCACUUAGCCGAAAAAUAUAAAAAUCGCUGGGGUAAUGGCCUAUUUGUUGCCUUUGUCAAUUUAAAAUCAGCAUUCGACUCUAUCCCCACGGAGCUAUUAUGGGCAAAACUUGCAAAUUCCACAAUUGAUAAGAGACUCCUCCUCCUAAUUAUUCGGCUGCACCAGCAUACAUCCUUUCGUGUCAGAUGCGGCCGUGAGGGGGGGCUCACAAACUCUAUUAUCACAACAAAAGGAGUCAGACAAGGUUGCAUCUUAGCCCCUCUUUUAUUCAAUUUUUUCAUUAACGAUUUGUCCCCUAAGUGUCAUUCUCUGGACUUCCAUCCUCCUAAACUAGCAAAUCAGCGAUGCCCUCUGCUAUUGUAUGCAGAUGACGCUGCUCUCUUAUCUUUAUCUAAAGUCGGCUUAAAACGGCUACUUCGAGUUUUCAUGCGAUACUGCCAUGAAAAUAAAUUGACCAUAAACUUUCCUAAAACUUAAAUUUUAGUCUUUGCCAAACACUCUUCUGUCUCUGAAUGGACAAUCAACGCCCAGAAAAUCGCUCAGGUUACCCAAUUCAAAUACCUUGGCAUACUGUUUCACUCAUCAUUGUCCUGGUCUCCUCAUAUUCGAGCGGCCAUCCUAACUGCACGGAACGCAACCAGGGGCAUCCUAAGAUUUUUCUAUACUAAAGGAGGACAAUAUAUUCUGACAGCUUUAAAGGUCUUUAAAUCCAAAAUAAUUCCCCAACUUUUAUAUGGAGCACCUCUAUGGAUUGGCACCUACAACCCUUCUAUAGAGGCAGUUCUUUCCAUUUUUCUCAGACAAAUCUAUGGUGUCCCCAGGUGUGCCCCGUCGGCGGCCCUUAGAUUAGAAUCUGGCCUAGCUUCUCUUGAACUCCAAGCAUGGACCAUAGCCUUAAAUUACUGACUUAAAGUAUACCUCUGGCUACCCCCCACUUUUAUGGGAAGAUCCUUUUACCUCGCAAUGGGCCAAAACAUUUAUUACUUACCUUGUGAGCAUUGGCCUCUCACUUGAACAUUUAACAUCUCAAGAUCCCGAGACAAUCAAACAUUCCAUCCGGACCCGACUUAGGGAUAUAGAUUACCAGCGCACAAUUUCAGCAGCCACUUCAACAUGCUCCCCUAUCCACUUUGGCCUGAGUUAUGAGCUGCUGAUUUGUUCCUCCUAUUUGGAAUUCCUUACAGUCCCUAAAUAUCGUCUAGCCUUUACCAAGGCUAGAUUUAACUGUUUAACCUCUGCAUUACUAGAAGGGAGAUUUCAGGGCAUACCAUUUGCCGAUCGAUUAUGCCCCUGCAAAGCUAGUGCUAUUGAAACUCUCUAUCAUGUCAUGUUUGAAUGUCCACUAUAUGGUAACGAACGUUCUAAAUUUAUAACCCCUAUUAUAAAAAAAAAUCCACAUAAGUCGCCUGACCGCUUACUUUUCCACUUCUUGUCAGCCUCUCUGGAACUCCCUCCCGUAUGAUCUUCGGCAUGCCCCUUCCCUGAAUGUAUUCCGCAAAGCCUUGAAGACCUGGCUCUUCAGACAGGCCCUUGGGACUUCCGGGGAGAGUUAAUGUUGCCUAUUACUCUGAACUGUUAUUGUUCUUUAUUCAUAGUUUUACUGUUAUAUGUAUUUUAUGUGUAUUUUAUUGCGAUGCAUUUAUUGCACUU